AUUUACCUACAUAAGAGAAUAGGAAAAGACAAUUUGAAAGUGUCGACUGAUAAUUUUGAUAGCGAAAUUAGCAAAGGUACUACCCUUUUCUUACAACUACCUUCCCCCCCCCCUUUACUCCGCUCCCGUGGGAUCAUGACUCUAAGACAACAUGGCAGCCAAAUGCUCAUACUUGGCCUCAUUGCCUGCUAUUCCUUUGGUGAAUGUUCUGUCGUUCUUGGAUAGGAAAGACUUGUUUAGUUGCUCUCAGGUUUGUUCGCGAUUCAAUCAAGUUGUCUCCGAUCUUCCUGUGUGGAAAUCAUGGUGUAAUGAAGUGUGGUUGGUCGGAGAAUGCCCGCCGGGAGUAACAUGGAAGCAGUUGUUUGUGGAAUGGAAAGCGAAAUGGGGUCGCUAUGAAUCUUGUUAUGCAACCAUAAGAAAAGCUUGGAACAUCAUUGAAGACUUUACAAAGCUUCACUGUCCUAAUAUUUAUGCAUCUUUGAACGAUGGAUUGUCAGAAGAAGAAAUUCGCGAAACCGAAGCUAACAAACUCAAUGGUUGUAGUCUUCCAAAUGAACUGAGAUGUUCAAUUCGUAUCCACAACGGACAGCAGCUCGUCUGUCCAGGGCUGAUUGGAUCCAUGGCAAUUUCCAAUCACUACCAAAGUGAAUCUCUUCUGGAGCUUGGCAUAGCUGCUGGAGCACUCCAGAGCCGUGAUGGGCUGAGGAACUGUAUUCCUGUUUCCUUAUGUGUGAAUACUGGAAAUGGACAAUUUAUGGCAUUGACAAAUGAAGAGGGGCGUAAUCCAGGAGAUUUGUUUUGGCCAAGCCCAGAUCGCAGUGCUGACAAUUUUGACAUUUCUCCAAUGAGAAUGCACCAUUUUCUGAGUGGAAGCAAUUUUGAAAGCUGGCUGUGUAACUAUGCAGAUCAGUUGUCUCGGAACUGCUUCCCAGUAAUUAACAAAGAAAUUUACAAGUUCUUAUUUUCUGCCUCUGCGACAACCCAAGGAAUCACAGUUACCACGACUACUGCAUUUCUUCCAGAGCUAAGUAGUGUCAAACCUCCCCUGUUUUUCUUCACAUAUCGCAUAUCAAUUUCCAUGGAUCCCAAGUGUUCUGAGUUUAUAAAUAAAUGUCAGCUCACAACACGUCACUGGUACAUUACUGAUGCAAAUGGAAUCAAAGAAGAAGUCCAUGGAGAUGGUGUGGUCGGAGAGUUUCCAGUAAUGACCCCAGGGGCACUCCAUGAGUACAUUAGUUGUACAACAUUUUCUACUCCCACAGGGGUCAUGGAGGGACAUUAUGUCUUUCAAUGUCUAAACAAAAGCGAAAGGAUUAAUGUCAAAAUACCUCCAUUAUAUUUUAAGAGCCUACCUUUUGUGGCUGCCGAGCAGAGAUUGUUAAACAUGCCACAAGGUAAGUGUGAAGAAGUGAGUAAAAUUUCAGGAGGAGCAGAGGAAAAGAAAGUUGUUCAUAAAAAAGGAAAAUGAAUGAAACAAAAUUUCAAUGUUCUUGCCUACAUUUUCUUCUUGUAUUUUUCCCCUUUGUCUUAGCAGCUUAUGUCUGCUGUGUAGGCCAUUUUUAUUGAAAUUUUUUCUUUCAUUAAAAGUUGGCAUUGUAAUUAACCUUUUUAAUUUUAACCCUAAGCAGAAGUAGAUAAUCAAACAAAUAAGCUGGUUAGAUAUUGGUUAUCAUUUGAGUAUUGCAUGUGAACCAGUGGCUGUUUCUAAAUUCCAAAAACCAGAAUGAUGAAAGCAGUUUUUGUAUCCAACAUUUUGUGUUUAAUGUUGUUGCCCUGGUGAUCUGACAUAACCAAUUAAGCUGUCUUUUUGUAUUUUAUAACAAUCAUUAAAAAUGGUUGAUUUAAUGUGGUAAGUCAAUAAGUGACUGUAAUCAACAGUCAUGUAAAACACAAAUGGAAUCACAAAAAGAUUGUUAACCAGUUAUUUAAACAAGGUCUAACACAAAUUGCAGUUCCAUGCAAACAAUGGACCUCAAGUAUUCUCUAGAAGAGGGUUGAUUUAACCCUUUAACUCCCAUAAGUGACCAAAAAAGAAUUUCUCCUUACAAUAUCAAAACAAUAUCAAGCAGACAAGUUAUGAGAAUAAAGAGAAAUAUCAGUUAGGGGAUUAUAAGAUGAUCUAAUACUAAAUCCUCCAAACUAACAUCAGAAGAACUGUAUAGGAGAUAGUAAGGAGAAUUACUAAUGAGAUCUUGGGAGUUAAAGGGUUAAUAAAAUAAUGUCCUUCCACUGUUGACUUUCAGUCCUCUUGACACUGUUCAUAAAAAUGAAUGUUCAGAUAAAAGGUUGGGCUAAAUUAAAGAUAGUUUAGAGCAUGGUUUUGUUAAACAACGACUAAGGUUUGCUUAAGUAACCAGCCCUCUAAGUGAUAAUUAUUUAUGUUAAUCAAGCAAGAUACAACCGUCUUCCUGAUGGUUUUGAUGAACCCUUUAACUCCCAGAAGUGAUGAACAUAAAACUUCUCCCUACAAUAUCCAUACAUUCUUCAGCAAAGAGAUAAUGAGAAUAUUCAACCUUAUCGGGUAGAAGCUGCUAUCUUGAUCUAGAACUAAGUUCUCAUAACUUAUUUACAAGGAAAUGUGUAGCAGCUACAGGGGAGAAUUAACAAUCAGAUCUUGGGAAUUAAAGGGUUAACAAGCAGAUGAUUUGACCCCUUUUGCCUAUGUAAUAUAUCUCACAGGAGUGAUGCAGUCAUGUUAUGGAUAGAAACAUUCACUCAUUUGUUAUAAAUGUACAGAUUAUAAUUAAAUUCGCAAAAAUGUUUUUUUUCUUUAUAUCAUAAUUAUUACAAAAUGCAUAGGGAGUGAA